UUAAAUAGAAAGCAGCAAAUGUACAUGGCAAGUGGAUUGUCGGAUCAGGCAGGCGUGGAAAACAUUCCACGAAAGCGCCCACAGAAAACUGUUCAAAAAACGCCUGUUUUCAAUGAUCCUAUGUCAGCACUUGCGGCUUAUUUACCCAAAGGAGGCAAAUUAGACAUUCAGUUUAACGAUAUUUCGACAAAGCUAGAACCGCAAUUCGAGGCGUCUCUCACCUUGAACGGUAUAACAUACAAGGGCAGUGGUGGCAACAAGAAAGAGGCUAAGCAGAAAAUGGCGGUGGUUAUACUGCGUGAGAAGUUCAGUCUUGAUGCUACAGAGCUGCUUCAAACAUACGCCAUGCAAAGCGGCAAUGUUCAAAACAAGAAGUUCAAAAUGGGACCUGGAUCGGCGGUUAAAAUGGAAUCAAACAUCCCUGCGGCUCAAAACUCUUUUGACUGCGAUAGUACUAUUUUCUCGGAUGAUUUUGAUCCUAGCGUCUGUAACGAAGCUUCCUUCAGCAUCAGAGAACAUCAUUUCAAUCAAAACAUUGGAAACGGAGGUCAACAGUUCUCGGGAAAUUUAGGUGUACAUCAGCGAAUAGGGCCUAAUGUUGAUAACAGGAUGCAACGAAAUGCAAUGGGACUAUCUGCGCCUAUGAGAGGACCAUUGCACCAGCGACAGCUUACUAUGGACAGUUAUCAGCGGAUUCCUACCGCGCCUCAGCCAAGACAACAAUUGUAUAGUGCGCCUAUCGCCGCUCAGACUUGUUCAAUUGAAGAUGUGAGGUUUCUGCUGAAUGAAAACCACAUGUUGAGGCUUGAAAACGACAGUUUGAAGGCGAAGCUUGCGCAAGUAUCAGUGCAUAGUAGGCUUGGAGUGCCUCAAGCAGUAAAAGAAGAGGCCAAGACGCCUGCUGAAAAGGCGGAUUUCAUUGACAAGUUCAAUGAGUUCAUAAACAAUCAACCCACUGUAGAACCUCGAGAGUCGGCGGUUGAAGAACUGAGAGCGCUGAAAGAAAGUAACAAAGAUGAUUUCACGUACUCUAUGAAAAAGUGUGUGUCACCAUUCCCGAAUAUACAGUUUUCUCUCUGUGCGAUCAGGACCCCAAGUGUACUGGGAGCUGCGAAUUUCUACGGAAAAGGAGAAUCAAAACAUGCGGCAAAUAUGCACGCAGUUACACUUGCUGUUGAUUUUCUGAAACGGGUUCUUCAAGGGGAGAAAAUUAUCCCGUUUAACGUGGCGCCUACUAUGUACUUGAACAUCAUCCUCGCUGGCCAGGAAAAGAAGCCAUCGGAAUGCUAUUCGGUUUCUCCAGACGAGGCUUCUGGAACUUUCCAGGCGAAGAUAGUGCUGGACAACUACGAGGGAGUUGAGUUCGGAGCAAGCAAAAAGGAAGCGAAGGAAAAAGUAGCACUGAAGGUUCUGAAAGAAAGCCUCGGAUAUGUGACUUACAGUUGAGUCGGUAUGAAUUCUGAGCUGGUUAAAGUUCAGUAAAACUGCAAUGGAAUGUUAGCUGUAUUCUCUUAAGUUAUUAAAAUGGUUCUGACUUAUAUAUUUCUUUUUAAUAUAAGGUUGUCUUACAUCCUAAUGGAACAAGUGCAUAUUUGCAUCUGUUCCAAGAGAGACUGCUUUCCUCAAAUCUUAGUUGCGGAACUAUUGUCAAUUUGAAAGCAAUAGCAAGGACCUGUCGGAAUUUGGAGAAUUUUAAUGAUUUGCGUUUGGUUGAAUUCCUUUGAUUCGCCAUAAUAUAAUUCAAUCCAUUAUACAUAAUGUCUGUUUAUUUUUUGGUGGCAAUAGAAAAAGACUUAUGUUUCAUAUU